UCGUCAACCACGAUUGUCUUCUGGACGUUUUCAUCUAGUGCAUUGGGUAACUGAAUCGUUAAUUUCUAAUCGUAUUUUGCCAGUUGCCUUGCCACAAGACUGAUGUGCUACAUUCUGUUGAUACUUUUAAGCUGAAUUUUUAAUUUUGUAUUCAUUAUGUAGUGACAUUAUCUAGAACAAGGACCAUAAGAUCCAAUAUGAUUAUCAAAACGCCUUCUUAUUCUACUUCGGAUAAAGUCUCUUUGGACGAAAACAAUGGAGAAUUUGAUACCUCCCCUUCAGUGUAUGAGCCAGCCGAGGAUACGUUUCUAAUGUUGGACGUUUUUGAAUUGGAUUUGGAGCAAGUGAUAAAGACUCGGUUKUCAAAAACAAAUAUUGAUUCAUCUGCUAAAUGUGGACCACUGAUGGUUGUUGAAUUAGGUAGUGGUUUUGGCAUACUUACUGCUGCUAUAUCAAAGGCUCUGAAUGAUACACUUUCUUCGAUUGCUGUUGGAGCUCACUGUAUAGCAGUAGACAUGAAUCCAACUGCUUGUCUUAAGACUAUUAUGACAUGCARAAUUAAUGAUGUUGAAGUGGAUGCAGUACGUGGUGACUUACUAACAUGGAUGCGACGUCCUGAAACAACUAAAACCAAUAAUGACUCUAACAAAGAAGUGUAUGGCCCUAUUGAUAUACUUUUAUUCAAUCCACCAUAUGUUCGAGGCCCUGAUGGUGAACAUGCCCCUACACCUAGAGUAACAAAAAUUAACGCUAACGACCAGGCACAUGAAUAUCAAAAGCUAGUAGCUAUGGAAGAUGCCGCUUGGCUGGGUGGUGGCCCAGAUGGUGUAGAUGUUCUUAAAAGAGCCCUGCAUCAAGCGGCAGAUCUUCUAUCAGAGUAUGGAGUAUUUUAUGCACUGAUGAUUGAUUACAAUUAUGAUGCACUAGUGCGAGAUGAGAUGCAAGCCCGGUGUGAACGAGGUGACCAAAAUAUUUACGAUGAUGACUUGAACAAUUUAGAGUUGACAACUUUUGGAAGCAGCCCCGGUAGCAGACGAUUAGUAUGCCAUCGUAUCUUGUCCCGAAAUAUCAUUGGUGAACGUUUAUCUGURUAUCGAAUUUAUCGUUAUACAUUUUAAUUCAUUGCAUCCUACAUUAUAYCAGAGUAUCAGACUGACUAYUAUCAUUAAUUUCAUUAACACUUUUUUAUAUUUAUUUUUCAUUUUAAUAUUUGGCAUAUUGUGUGGGCAUUUACUGUGGAACUUAAUGUAUCCAAUUCAAUGUAUUUCUAUUAUACUAUAUGUAUUACUCAAGUCAAUUAAAUUAAGCAUAUUAAUACAAUGUCUAUUUUAUAAUUAGAUAUUAUAACUCAUUUUUUUUUAU